AUGUCUGGAGAAGCUUGGCUGUUUUUGUUGUCGGUGCUUAUCAACGCCGUCAACCUCUUUUUACAGGUUUUCUUCACUAUUAUGUACAGUGAUUUGGAAUGUGAUUACAUUAACCCCAUUGACCUCUGCAAUCGACUCAAUACCUAUAUCAUCCCCGAGGCUGCUGUGCACGGUUUCUUGACCUUCCUCUUCCUCAUCAACGGUUACUGGAUCCCUCUCAUUCUCAACUUGCCUCUCCUUGGCUGGAACGUCAAGAAGAUUGUCGACAACACUCAUCUCCUCGAUGCGACUGAGAUCUUCCGCAAGCUCAAUGUUCACAAGAAGGAAUCUUUCUUCAAGCUUGGCUUUCACUUGCUCAUGUUCUUCUUCUACCUCUACAGCAUGAUUGUUGCUCUUAUCCGAGACGAGUCCUCCUAA